UUUAAGAAAGAUGUCAUCCACUCUCUCUCUCACUAUCUCUCUUCACACCUUCCCCAAAACCUUAGAUUUCUCAACUGAUGGAGUUUGGAGAAAGAAACCUCUUAAGAUAGCUGCUACUUUAAGGGAAAGCCCAAAUCAAAUUCCCACUAAAAAGCUCCAUGAUGAUAGUAUAACAAGAAGUAAAUUGUUGAGAUCAAGUCUGGUUUCUUUAACAGCUGGGGUCUCUCUGGUUCAAAAAGCUCAAGCUGAACCAGAGAGCCCACAAGAAGCCUCAUCAAGUAGGAUGUCAUAUUCAAGGUUCUUAGAGUAUUUAGACCAAGGAGCUGUGAAAAAGGUUGAUCUCUUUGAGAAUGGAAACAACCCUGUUCUCAACAAAAUUCAAAGAGUUCGAGUCCAGUUACCUGGUCUCCCUCAAGAAUUGCUGAGAAAACUCAAGGAAAAAGAUGUAGAUUUUGCAGUUCAUCCACUUGAAAUCAACAUGACUGAUGCCAUUUUGAACCUCUUAGGAAAUUUAGCAUUUCCAUUGCUUCUUUUGGGAGCUCUCUUUUUGAGAAGCUCACAAUUGAACAAUCCAGGAGGCACUAAUUUGCCGUUUGGGUUAGAAAGGUCUAAAGCAAUGUUUCAAACGGAACCUAACACAGGGGUCACCUUCGACGAUGUUGCAGAGGUCGAUGAAGCUAAACAAGAUUUUAGAGAGAUAGCCGACUUCUUGAAGACCCCGGAAAAGUUCUCAGCGAUUGGAGCUAGAAUACCAAAGGGAGUUUUACUCGUCCGUCCUCCAGGUACUGGAAAGACCCUUUUGGCUAAGGCCAUAGCUGGAGAAGCUGGGGUGCCUUUCUCUCUCUCUAGAUCUGAAUUCAUAGAGAUGUUUGUUGGAGUUGGAGCUCCUAGGGUGAGAGAUCUCUUCAACAAGGCAAAGGCAAAUGCACCUUGCUUGGUGUUCAUUGAUGAGAUAGAUGUGGUAGGGAGACAGAGGGGUACUGGAAUUGGAGGAGGGAAUGAUGAGAGAGAAUAGACUUUGAAUCAAUUGCUUACAGAGAUGGAUGGGUUCGAUGGAAACACUGGAGUGAUUGUUAUUGCUGCAACCAACAGGCCGGAGAUCUCGGAUCAAGCUCUCCUUAGACCAGGAAGGUUUGACAGGCAGGUGACUGUUUGCCUCCCUGAUGUAAGAGGAAGUGAAGAAAUUCUCAAGGUACACAGUAGCAACAAGAAACUUGACACGGAUGUGUCUCUUAAUGUUGUAGCCAUGAGAACACCAGGGUUCAGUGGAGCCGACCUUGCUAACCUCAUGAGCGAGGCUGCUAUACUUGCUGGUAGGCGUGGAAAAGAGAAAAUAACAGUUAAGGAGAUUGAUGAUUCAAUUGAUAGAAUAGUUGCAGAAAUGGAGGGUACACAAAUGACAGAUGGGAAAAGCAAAAUCCUUGUGGCUUAUGAUGAAAUUGGGCAUGCCAUUGCUGCAUAAGCAUUAGCACAGACUCAUGCACCCACAUGAAAUUCAACUGAGAGAGAGAGAGAAAGAGAGAGAGAGAGAGAGAGAGAGAGAUAAGUUCUAUAAAGAGAUACCAUCAACCAGAGACUAAUAACACACAGACUCUAAAUUGAGAUAGACCAACUUUCGAAAAUGCUACCAAUACUGAGAACACCAUGAGUCCCUACAGCUAUCAUCGAUCAGAGACAGAGAACAGCAUUAGGCAAAAUUGAGAUUUCUUCUCUAGUUUCUAAGCUAAUAUAAUGAUUAACAUGGAAAAAGAAUAUUGUUAUCCAAGAAUUCGAUUCAUUUGUCUGAAAUGUCCCUUAAUCUAACAGUUUCUGUUGUGUUAU